CUCAGCGGCGCCUGCCGCCUGCUACUGCCUCCGGACCAUGGACCCCCGCAAAGUGAGCGAGCUUCGGGCUUUCGUGAAAAUGUGUAAGCAGGAUCCGAGCGUUCUGCACACCGAGGAAAUGCGUUUCCUGCGGGAGUGGGUGGAGAGCAUGGGGGGUAAAAUACCACCUGCCACUCAUAAAACUAAAUCAGAAGACAGUAUCAAGGAAGAAAAACCAGAUAGUAAGAAGGCAGAGGAAAACAUAAAGACAGAUGAACCAUCAAGUGAGGAGAGUGAUCUAGAAAUUGACAAUGAAGGUGUGAUUGAACCAGAUACCGAUGCCCCUCAAGAAAUGGGAGAUGAAAAUGUAGAGAUAACCGAGGAAAUGAUGGAUCAGGCAAAUGAUAAAAAAGUGGCUGCCAUUGAUGCCCUAAAUGAUGGUGAACUACAGAAAGCCAUUGACUUGUUCACAGAUGCCAUCAAACUAAAUCCUCGCUUGGCCAUUCUGUAUGCCAAGAGAGCCAGUGUCUUCAUCAAAUUACAGAAGCCAAAUGCUGCCAUUCGAGACUGUGACAGAGCUAUUGAAAUAAAUCCUGAUUCAGCUCAGCCUUAUAAGUGGCGUGGGAAAGCACAUAGACUUCUGGGCCAUUGGGAAGAAGCAGCACAUGAUCUUGCCCUUGCUUGUAAACUGGAUUAUGAUGAAGAUGCUAGUGCAAUGCUGAAAGAAGUUCAACCGAGGGCCCAGAAAAUUGCUGAACAUCGGAGAAAAUAUGAGCGAAAACGUGAAGAGCGAGAGAUCAAAGAAAGAAUAGAAAGGGUUAAGAAGGCUCGGGAAGAACAUGAGAGAGCCCAGAGGGAGGAAAACGCCAGACGACAAUCAGGAGCUCAGUAUGGCUCUUUCCCAGGUGGCUUUCCUGGGGGAAAGCCUGCUGUAAUCAUCAAGACAGUAUGGUACUGGCAUAAAAGCAGACACAUAGUUCAGUGGAUCAGAAUACGGAACCCAGAAAUGGACCUUCAACUCUAUGGCCAACUCUUCUUCAACAAAGCAGGAAAAAAUAUCCAAUGGGAUUAUGUGAUUAUCCACAUAGAAAAUCCCAAAUAA